UUAAGCUCAAAGCUAGCUCUCGUUUAUUCUGUAAACGGGAUUUGAACAGAAAGAAAAGUGUUUAAUGAUUGCGUUAAGUUAAUUCUUUAAGGUGCUAAUACCAGUGGAUUUUAACGUCUGUUUUUAUUGCAAUGAAUAUAACGAUAGUGACUGGUUUGACAAAUGAAACGGAAGCACUAGAGGUACUAGAGGAUAUACCGCAUUUAUCAUACUCAGCUCGGAUCAUCAUAGCCAUUACGAUGAUUUUGACGCUGGUUUUUGGAACUAUAGGAAACUCUAUUGUGCUAGCUCUUUUUGUAAAAUACAAAAGUUUGAGAACAUCUUCAAAUAUUUUUAUCUGUAGCCUUACAGUUGCAGACCUUUUGAUGUGUUUAGGCGGCUUACCUACCUUAAUUAGUACAUACGUUUCGCAAGAAAUAAGAACAGAGCUAUUACAAUUGUUUUGCCAUUACGACACAUUUAUUGGGGCAUUCACAGGAUUCGGAGCAAUCUGGUCUUUGAUGGUGUUGGCUAUCGAUCGGUGCGUUGUGAUAUCAAGAAGUAUGCCAGUUCAACGUCCUAGCGAUAAAAUAGCUGCAUACUACAUCACAGCUAUUAUAUGGAUAGUAUCAUUUGCCAUUGCACUGAUGCCUUUUAUUGGUUUUGGACACUAUGUUAUUGAAGGAUCGAAAAUCGAAUGUAGUGUAAAACAAUUUACAAGAUCGUUACAAAAUAUUUCGUAUAACAUUUUGAUCCAGUUGUUAUACUUUUGUUUGCCUAUCGUGACAAUGAUUUUUUGUUAUGGAACUAUAUUUAUCAAGGUACGAAAUCAUGAAAGAAGGUAUUUUGAUGCAAGGAGCAGGGCGAAUGUAGAUGAUACAUCCUUCCGGCGCAUGCGCAAAAAUAGGAAACUGGAGAGAAAUGAAAUGAAAACAGCUAAAGCUGGAUUAAUUCUUAUUUCAGUGUUUUGUCUCUCAUGGACACCUUAUAGCAUUGUGUCAUGGAUUGGCUUGUUCGGUGAUAGAAGUACAAUAACGCCUUUAAUUGUUGCCUUACCAGCAGUUUUUGCUAAAGUGUCGACAAUCAUGAACCCCCUCCUUUAUGCCUUACUUCUACGAAGUUUUAAAUUGAAGCUCAGUUUAUUUUACCAACAGCAUUUUAAAUCAGCACGUGCAUCUAAUGUAUCAUCUGUAAGAACGCAUAUGGAUUAUUUAUCUCAACUAGAUAGGCAGAAGUUUAUAGAGCAAAUUGGCAAACAAGAAAACGUAUAGAUUCAUCUGAUAUCGAACAAAAUGUAUCAGGAAAACGUGUACGUUUGUCUUUUGAUAUAAUGAAGAUCAGAUUGUUUUCUUUUCAAUUUUAUAUUUCAUUUGUUAUGUUGAAAUCGCUAUAUAAAAUGAACCAAAGAGAUAGAAAUCUUCUUUAUUUUACUGUAUGUAAUAGAAGUUGUUCUCAUUUUUCUUGAAUAACUUCAAUUAAUUUCAACCUUCCCCCUUUGCUUCAAACUUUAGAAGUCCUUCCUGGAUGUCAUGAAUAAACAUUCAAUGUAAUUAUACCUCACCAUGUAGCCUUAUGUGAUAUCAGUGGGUAACAAUUCGUAAUGUUGUAAACUGACGUCAUUUUCGGAACGGUGUUGUUAUCAAGUACCGGAUUUUACUUAUUUGAU